CUGCCCGCAGGGGGCCUCAGAGGCGCGGGGCUGAGUUGGAGGGGCGCGCCUGGCUGCGUGGAGGGGCUUCUCCGCGUCCCAGGGGGAUUAAUAGAGCUGUAUGCACCCCCCCCCACACACGCCUAUAUAGGAAUUUGUAUUUCAUAUCUAGAUCUCCAAGGGUAUGGUGUGAGCCCCCCCGGAAGAGGCAGCGCCAAAGGGGACCCCACCGUCUUGACACCCCCCUAAGGAACAGGGCCAGUCUUCCUUCCUUCGGGAUGGGUGUUCGUGUGUUUUCCAUGAAGGCAAAGGUUUGAACGGCCGUCCCACAAGGCUUGGGGGGCCACCGGCCGUCGGGGCUUGUGCUCAGUGCCCAGACAGUGGACCUCAGAGAGACCUGGAGGAAGCCUUCUUCUUGAAAGGGUGGUGGGAAGAAGCCAGAAAGCCUCUCCUCCUGCUCCCCUGCCCUGAACCCCUCCACCCCCAGUUUCUUGUUUUCUUUGGGCCUUCCUGGAGGGAAGAGCUACAGCAUCGAGGCGAACUCCUUAUUUACCUGGCUGGCUUGGAUGCCGUAGAGACUGGAGAGGAUCGGGGAUUGUAAUGACGGGAACCCGAGGGCUGGGAAGGAACUGAAGCAGAUGCAGCUUCUUCGGGCGAUCAGCUGUCUUAAACUGAGAUGUGUCUUCCUUCCGAACUGAGGCGAUGGCUGGAUUUCCCGGGGAGUGCAUCAUGGCUGUGACGGCCUUCGUUACUUCUUGGCAGAAGGUCCUGGUGGCUUUUCCCGAGUGUGCUUGGAUGUGGAUCUUUUGGAAGACUGAAAAGAACUGUGUUGCUCAUGGUUUUUAACUCUACUAUCCUUUGGAAUUAAAGCUGGAUUCUGAACUUGGGUGUGUGUGUGGGAAAGUGACAGUAACAUAAAAUAACCUGUAAGAUGCAGAUUGGCUACUAAGAAAUCGUCCUGUUGCCGAGGGCUCCAAUGAGUGGCACACAGUCCGCAAUCACGGACAGGUUUCCCCUCAAAAAACCUACAAGGCAUGGCAGCAUUCUGAGCAGAGAGUCUCCAGCAGACAAGAAGCAGAAGGUUGAGCGCUGCAUUAGUGCCCACGAUUUUGACCCAACAGAUAGCUCCUCCAGGAAGACAAAGUAUAGCUCAGAGGAGAGUAGAUCCGAGACAUAUGGUCUAGUUCAACGGUGUGUUAUUAUUCAGCGGGAUGAAAAUGGAUUUGGGUUAACAGUCAGUGGCGACAACCCAGUCUUUGUACAGUCUGUCAAAGAAGAUGGAGCAGCCAUGCGGGCUGGGGUUCAAACUGGUGACCGUAUCAUUAAGGUGAAUGGGACUCUGGUAACACAUUCAAACCAUUUGGAGGUGGUUAAGUUGAUAAAGUCGGGUUCCUAUGUAGCGCUCACUGUGCAAGGGCGCCCACCUGGGUCGCCCCAGAUUUCACUGGCUGAUUCUGAGGUAGAUCCAGCUGCAUUUGGGCAUAUGUCUCCCAUCAUGACAUCACCUCACUCUCCUGGAUCACAUGGAAACACAGAGAGAAUUACCAGUCCAGUGCUGAUGGGGGAGGAAAAUAACAUUGUUCACAGCCAGAAAGUAGAGAUUUUGAGGAAGAUGCUGCAGAAAGAACAGGAACGACUACAGUCCCUGCAGGAAGAUUACAGCCGCGCUCCUACUUCCCGACUGCUCAGAGAGAUCCGGGAGGCCGAGAAGCAUAUCCCUCAGCUGCAGGAGCAGCUGUCCAAAGCAACAGGCUCUGCUCAGGAUGUCGUUUUGUCUUCCAAAUCUGUAUCCGAGUCUUUGCAGAUCACUGAGGUGGAAGGGGAGAGGGGAGAUGGACAAAACAAAGGAGACUGUCAUUUUGGUGAUGGCCCCCAGAUGAAUGACACAGCAGAGAGUCCUCGGAGUGGCCUGAAAGAGCAGAGCUAUCUGGACGACAGCCCAGAGAAGAAUGAGAUUCAUGAAACAGAUUCUCCAUCCAGCCUUGGAAGCCCUUCCUCUCGUGUGGCGCCUCCAAUCAUAGGAGCAGAAGAUGAUGACUUUGAUGGUGAACAAGAACAGAUCAAUGGACAAUGUAGCUGCUUCCAAGAUAUAGAGCUACUGAAAUCACGCCCCGCUCACCUGGCUGUCUUUUUGCAUCAUGUCAUCUCCCAGUUUGACCCAGCUUCUUUGCUUUGUUAUCUUUUUGCGGACCUGUACAAACAAACAAAUUCCAAAGAGACUCGUCGAGUGUUUGCUGAAUUUAAUCAAUUUUUUCUGGAUCGAGCUGCAAAUCUGAAAGUCCCAGUUCCAGAUGAAAUUGCAAUUGAUUUUGAAAAGAGAAGGCUGGAAUUAAUUCCUGAAGAAUUGCACCGCCAUUGUAUUCACACUAUGCAAGACAAAGUCUCCCAUGAAGUAGACAAGCACCUUGAAGAUUUUAGACAGAAACGCAGCAUGGGUCUCACUCUAGCAGAAGGAGAACUGACCAGGCUGGAUGCAGAACGUGUUCGGGACCGGAUGACACUAGAGAAGGAGAGAGCAUGUGCAGAGCAAAUCCUUACCAAAAUUGAAGAAGUGCUGAUGUCAUCUCAGCCUCUAGAAGAGGAUAAGAGUUCAGCUAUACAGUAUGUGGUUUUCACCUACAUGAAACACCUUGGUGUGAGAGUCAAAGAGCCCCGGAGUCUAGACCAAAAACGGGGACGGAUUGGAUUCCUGCCAAAGAUAAAGCAAAGUAUAAAGAAGGAUAAGGAAGGGGAUGAAAAGAAGAGGAGAGUCUUCUCAAAUAUCCUGGGACCUCCAAGGAGGCCGAGCCGCCAUGACAGCUAUGCAAUAGGCAGAGCCAUGGAAAUACAAAAGCCGCGUCAUCCAAAGCACUUAUCCUCAUCAUCUUCUGUCAGUCCGGAGCCACCAGAUUUGGUCAAGAUGCGCCAAAGUGGGUUCAGUGAUGGCAUGGAUGCGACCUACCAGCCUGCUAACUUUGUGUCUCCAGUAGCUGCUGGAACUUUUCCAUCUCAGGAAGGGAGCAAAGAUACUGAAACAGGGCCAAAACAAAUUGGAGAAACAAUUACUUUUGGUGACUCUGUGGAUGGCACACCUUGUACACCUAACAUAAUAUUUGAUUUCCCAUCUCCUCCCCUGGACCAUUUGCAAGAAGAAGAAGAACUUGAUAGGUUAGGAGAAUCAGGGACUCCUAAAUCUUUUCGCAAGGUGGACAGUGUCAGUGCUGGGGAUGUCCAGAGUGAAGAUGAGCUCUUUGAUUUCGACAUGGAGACAGACCAGCCCAACUGGCAGCAGCUGGUGAGCCGUGAAGUGUUGCUUGGCCUGAAACCAUCUGAAAUUAAACGCCAGGAAGUGAUUAAUGAAUUAUUCUAUACUGAACGUGCUCAUGUCCGUACGCUGAAGGUCCUGGAUCAGUUGUUCUAUCAGCGUGUGUCCCGCGAAGGGAUUCUGACACAUUCUGACCUGCGGAAUAUAUUUUCGAACUUGGAGGAUAUUCUCCAGCUUCAUACUGGAUUGAAUGAGCAGAUGAAAGCAGUGAGGAAAAGAAACGAGACAUCUGUAAUUGAUCAAAUUGGAGAAGAUUUGUUAACUUGGUUCAGUGGAGCAGGCGAAGAGAAAUUGAAGCAAGCCACUGCUACCUUCUGUAGCAACCAACCCUUUGCUCUGGAGGUGAUCAAGUCACGGCAAAAGAAGGACUCUCGCUUCCAGACUUUCGUCCAGGAUGCUGAGAGCAAUCCACUCUGUCGCCGAUUGCAGCUAAAAGAUAUCAUUCCCACUGAGAUGCAAAGGCUGACCAAGUAUCCCCUCCUGCUGGAUAAUAUUGCAAAGUACUCAGAGCAACCUUUAGAGAAAGAAAAAGUGAAGAAAGCAGCAGAUCAUUGUCGGCAGAUUCUCAAUUUUGUGAACCAAGCUGUCAAAGAAGCAGAGAACAAGCAGCAUUUGGAGGACUAUCAGCGGCGGCUUGAUUUGUCCUACCUGAAGCAGGUGGAGGGCCCUUUGCUGGAUGAAUUCAGGAAUUUAGAUUUAACCAAGAAGAAAAUGAUUCAUGAAGGUCCUCUGACUUGGAAGGUGAAUCGUGACAAAACUAUUGACCUCUAUACAUUGCUCUUGGAAGAUAUUCUGGUAUUGUUGCAGAAGCAGGAUGACAGACUGGUGUUGAGAUGUCAUAGCAAGAUCCUGGCUAAUACUGCAGAUAGCAAGCACACAUUUAGCCCUGUUAUUAAACUGAACACUGUGUUGGUUCGCCAAGUGGCUACAGAUAAUAAAGCAUUCUUUGUCAUUUCCAUGUCGGAAAAUGGAGCACAGAUUUAUGAACUGGUGGCACAGACAGUUUCUGAAAAGACGGUAUGGCAGGACCUCAUAGUACGGAUGGCAGGAACAGUCAAAGUUGGAAGAGGCAGGAAUGUAAUUCCAUUGCCACAAUCAGGACCAUGCGAGGAAGAUCACGAGGAAGAAGAUGACCAGCAUAAACUGAAGGAAGAACAAACUACCCCAGAUAGCAGCAAGCAAAGUCCAGAUAAAGAUCUGGGGUUGGAAUCUCCCCUGGAGCUGAAGACUCAGUCUCCUUCAAUAGCCAUGUCUGAGAAGUCAGAAGAGGAAGAACUUCUGGAAGCCAACAAGCAGUUUGGAGAAAAACUAUCAGCCGACUUGCUGAUCAAAGAAUCAGCUGAACACUACAGCCAGAUAAGCCCAGAGCUCUCAUUCCAAGCUUCAGAAAAUCGAUGGGCAUUGGAUGCACUAAGAAACUUGGGUUUAUUGAAGAAAUUACUGAUGCGGCAGCUUGGUGUGUCUGAACAAGAGUCCCUUGAAGACUGGCAACAUUUUUCUGACCAUAGGAGAGUUCUGCCAGGGGCUCCUGAGGAGAACAUUGUCCAGGGAGGACUUCAGUACUCAGAUAAUGGUGACAAUGCCCUGUCUGGGCCUAGAAGGACACCCACUGGCACGAAAAGAAGUGAUUUUGAACUUAGUUGUGGUAAAUGGUCUUCAAGUGAAUUGGUAUCACCAGGGGACCCUGUGUUGAAUAGCAGUCAGUUGAUGGAUCCCUUGAGCACAAACCCAGAGCCCCCAACCAAGGAACUGGAAGGAGGAACAAGUGCUGCUGAUGAUGGUGGGGAGCACUUUUUUGAUGCUCAGGAAGCCCACAGUGAUGAGAAUCAAUCAGAGGGUGAAGUGGUAGAUGGGAAGGAGGUAGAAGAGGUGCAGCUGCGGAUCUCAGGAAAUUAUUUGAUCCUUGAUGGAUAUGGCACAGUACAGGAGAGCUCUACCGACGAGGAGGUAACGUCGCUGGUUCUACAGUGCACUGCAGACAAAAGCACAAUGGACUCUGCCCACCAACAGCUCAUGUCUCAGGAUGCCCACCCAGUUACCGCAAGCUCACCAUUUGCAGAGGAAUUGCUGGCCUCCCACUGGGAAGCUACAAAGGAAUCCUGCUCAGAUGCACGAAGGCCUUCCUUCUCGGUUGAGUCGCGUGCCUUGAUGAUGCAUUACAUCCAGAACAUAGAAGCCAGCCUUCAGCAUUUGAAGGAAGUGGAGGAAAACUACACUGCUCUCCUUCAGCAAAGGCUGGGUGGCUCCAUCACCACGGAUGAGCAUUCGGAUAAAAGUUAAUCUCACUUCUUGCAAAUGGCUGGAGAUCGGAUGGAACCUUCUGCCUUGAGUCAGCCUCUGCUAGCCUCAGCUGGCCUCUGCCUGGACUCUCUUGGCCCUAGGCCUCUUUCUACGGACCCUUCAAGUGUGAGGGGACUCCACAUAGUGGAGAAGUGGGCAGUUUCCUUUGAGGUGUCUGCACUAGCCUUUCAGGGAGAGGGGGCGAUUUGGUUCCCCUCCUCUUGCUACCAGAAAUUCUUUUUGAUUCCAAACGGAGGAAAAAGAGGAACAGAAAGAAGAAACCAAAUGUAUAAAGUUCUGGGUGUAGGAUAUAAAAAUGUAUCUAGACAUUAAAAAAAAAUCAGUGUAUUUAUUUGACUUCAUUCCGUGUACUGAAAGCACACUUUAAUUUGUAUUUUAUUUUGCUUUAAAAAAAAAUGAUAGUGCCAGUUUGCUAGGCCCCCAGCAUCUUUCUUCUCCCCAACCUUUAUUCUGAACUGAGUUGCAUGUGAGUGUGUCUUGAUUUUCCCCCGGAUUCUGCCAGCAGCCAGUCUGUUCCUCAGUAGAGUUAUUCAUGGAACAAAAUCUAGCAGCACGCAGAUGGGCUUUCUUCUCGUGCAAUUCUGUGUGCACUAUGUAGCCAGGAAGGAUUUGAAACUGGCAACCAAAUUUCUCUUUGGGAAUGCCUUUACUUUUCCUGUAUUGAAUAAAAAGAGGGAAAGAUUGGAAUUUGGGAGAUAUGUUCCCUGCCUGGGUACUGAUUUGAUUGUGACUCCCUUCUGAAAGCAACAGCUUGACAUUUGUAGCUUUUGGGGGUGGGCAUGGGGUAUUUCUCCAGUUAAGGGCAAGCAAUAUAUUUGUCAGAAAUUCCUGAGGUCACCAUGUUUUUAAUGAGCCGUGAGCAGUAACUACUGCAGAAGUUAGCCACUGUUUUUUGAAGGUAGGGGCCAGAAAUGUUCAUUACCCAAAAGUGUGCCUUACUGACUAGUGUGGGGUAGACCAAGCAAGACUUAGCUUGGAAUAGUGCUAUUUUGCCCUUUUUUAUGCAAAAGUGCUCUGAAAUCAUACUAGUAACUGAGAAACAUCUGCAAUAGAAGAAUCAGAGUAACAGAUACCAUCUCUGGUAUAACCUCAGUAGAAUGCUGAUAUCCUGAUGUUUUGGAGCUGGACCUUAACAAGCUUCACAGCACUGAUGUAAACAUUAGACACUGGGUGGGUUGUCUACAUCGGGUAGAUUGUUUUUCCAUCAGGACAGAUGAUUCAGGGUACAUCUCCCUGUGGAGCAUUCCUUGCAAAACAUUUCUGUCUGCACCAGCUAUCUAGUUCUUGAGUCCUUUCUUUUUCCUGGCAAGCCAGAUCUAAAUGUGCCAAAUUCUAGAAAACCCUUUAAUGUUUUUUUAAUCAUGCUAAAUGCACUGUGAAGUGUAGAGAAUCUUCCUUUUUUCUUAUUUUCAGCAUGAAUGUCAUAUGCUAUGCUCCAUUAAUGCAGAAAAAUAUUUUUCCUGUAGCCAGGAAUCUAAAUCUGUUUCCACUUGCAGGAAAGAGUCAGGCUGAGGAGGAACUUUUUUUAAAAAAAAUUUUUUCCCCUUCCUCAAUAUUUCCAGUCAAAGUACUGGUGCAUAGUUAAGGGAGGAAACUUCCCAGUUGACUGGGUCACCAAGCUCCUUCAGAGGCUGGAAGCCACCAAAAACUCAAAAGGAAUUCCUUUCAGCUUCUCGUUAUCAGGGCCAGUCUGUUGGUUCUCAUUUCUAAAUUUCUCCACCCUAAAACUCGAAGCAGUUUCCCAAAUGGAAAUGUAUUUUAAGAAGACCAGACCCAUAUCACAGAUGACCAUGGUUUUAAAAGUGUUUUCCCUGUUUUCAAAGGCGUAUUUUCCUUGGUCUCUGAACUGUGUUUUGGUCAGGUGAGUGGCAUUUUCACCUUCCCAUGCUGCAGUUCCACAUCUGUGGAGCCAUAGGAAGUCAGGCUCAUGCGCAGACCUUUCUCUAGCAUAGGUAGGUUUGAAGGAGCCAGAAAUCAGUAAAUUUUUGGUGACGCUUGGAUGCCAGGCUCUUUACGUAUAUUGUGGCAAGACCUGUGCCUGCUCUCGUACCUCUGCCGUACGUUGUGUCAGCAUCCUUAAAAGACAUUUGGGGUCAGGAUGCCAGAAGGCCAUGCAGAGCAGCAGAAUGCAGAAGGGCCAUCGGAAGGCUUGAUUGACCUCAAUAGAGGAUAUAACUGCCUUUUCCCCCGCUUACUGGAGAGUAAAGCAGAGUACUGUGUUCUUGUCCUACUGGUGGUUUCUUUGUAUCGUGUGUGUGUGUUUUUCUGUUACACAAUCUCCCGUUAAGGGCAUUAUUUUGUGAUAAGAAAGAGAGGGUAGCGAGGAACAGGGAUCACCGAUUGUUUCCAGCAGCAUCACUGACUGUCACAGGAGAUGUCUCGGCUCCCUAGCACAUCUACUGUACAACAGGCCCCGGGCACAGAUCCAUUUUUGUGAAGAGGGUCCACACUAAAAUGCACUUUGUGGGAUUCCCGUUGGAAUUGGUCUUUCUGUCUUUGUGUCCUAGAACAGCCAUGAGGAAUUCCAGCCAAAGAGACCUUCCCUGUCCUUCCCCACUGGCUGCGAUCGUUCCCUCCUUGGGACCGGAGAGUAGGAUGGAGCAGUCUUCUUCCCCCUCAGCCCUCUUCUUUCUCCCUCCCACCCUUUGCUAGCUGAAAAUAAUAUAAGUAAUGAAAGACUUUUUUUUUUAACCAGAGAAUAUUAUGUUGUCUGCGCUACAGUCCUAUUUAGGAUGUCUUUGUUUUUAAUCUGGAUGUAUCAGACCAGCGUAUUGGAACUGGGGCUCAAAAGGCAAACUCUGAUUCUAGAGGCAGCUUCGUGCCCUGCUGGUUUGCACGUCCUUUGACUUUAUACCCAAGAUGAGGUGAGUUGGUAGAAUACUGAUGGGAGAGUGGACUGUUUCACAUUGCUCAGGGAGGUAAUUGUCCAGGGCCAUAAGAAGCCAGAGAUAACAUUCGUAAAAGGGAUUCUGCUUUCCGACAGUAACAGGCAGGCUAAAGCAACCUUCGGUAUUUUGCAGUGAUGGUGCUUUAAACGGCCAGAUGCCACUCUUCAGCUCUGAGUUCUACUCGCGCUACCUCCCCACUGACUUAAAUUGGCACUUAACAGCCACAUCUCAAGGCCUGGCAGACUGCAAGGCGUGUAUUCAAUUUUAAAUUUUUCUCCCAUGGCUCUGCCUAUUGUUGAAAUGCGUUACCCUUGUAUUUUACACAAGGGCAUUGAAAAUAACGAUUCCCAGCCCUGUCUUACCGUCUACUUGCAAUGAUCCAGGUCACGCUGACCCCUCAGAGCUCUACCAACUCAUCUGCAUCUCGCCUUGCUGCCUGUGUAGAUGAGAUCUCAUCACUGAUUCACAAUCGUAAGAUGAGCAGGAGAAGAACAGAAGUUACAUUUUCUGUCCUGGGUUUUUGGGGUUGCCUUUUCCAUAACAGUCCUAUCUCACUGCCUGCCAAUUCCUCCCCAGUCUACCACUGAGACUAGAACUAGUGAGAAAUAGGAUUGCUGGAUGGAGUGGGAAAGGUCAUGCAAGUCCCUUACUGCUUUUGGAGGCUGGACAUACUUGACUGUUGUGCUUAGUUCCUACAAGAAAAUUGUGAUAGCUUCUGAGAAAAAGGGGACCUUUAAUAACUAAAGUGUGAGAGAGUUGCAUGGGUUAAAGACCCCAUACAGUGUAAUCUUUUACUCUGCCGUAUUUGCAUAAGGAUGACUGUACCAACAUGGUAGGCUGCCUUUUUUUGGUAGAAAAACUACUUGAUUUGUACUGUUUCCUCAUCUAGGAUCUUAAUGCAGCGUAUACAUUUGAUGAGUGAAUCGGAUCUCCCUCUCUCUCUUCCAUUCCAAAGAAACCCUUUGUUCCCCUCGUCCCCUCUUCCCCAGGCGCCAGCUCAUAGGCAGAUGCUGUCCAAAAGGAUUCUGCAGUCGGAAAGUUACUCCGCUCUUCUUUUAAAAAUUUGGAAUUAUUUGUCGUAAUGCUCUAACUGCUAGAACUGUAUUUUAUUUGCUUGCCAGACAUUUACUCCUUUUAACAGAUUCUGCUUUUAAGGAAAAACAAAGCAAUCCAAUCUGAAAAUACUCUCUGAAAAGGAAAAUGCAAAAACAAACAAGCAAAAAAAGGUCAACAACAAUAAGACUGGUUGAAUAUCCUGUAUUUUUAACUGAUCAUGUUUGAAUGUCUAAGGAAAGAAAAAAAGAAUUUAUUGUUCUAAUUAUCCAGAUGUAUGUAUGUUUGUAAAAUAGCUCUUAUUAGCUGAUAAGGUUGUAUGUUUUUGGAACAAAAUAUUGAUCAUUAAAAAAAGUAUUGAGUUU